AUGAGCAAGAAAACGAAAAACAAAGCGAAGGCUGCUAGAAGACAGCGUCUGGAACGUAUUGGAGAGGAGGCUUUCAUGAACGCUUCAAACCUCCGCGGAUUUCCAUUCUCUUCCCUUUUGAAUGAUAUUGGACGACAGGCAUUCAUGAACUGCUCAAGUAUGCUCGAGGUGAAUCUGAGUUGCACGAAGGUUCGAAUCAUCAGGAGUGGAACCUUUCGGGGGUGCAUUAGUGUGACAAUGGUACACUUUCCUCCCCGCCUAAGGCUUGUUGAAGUCUCUGCAUUCAAGGAUUGUACUAGUCUUUCUCGAAUACUUAACCUCUGUCGCGGUGUUGUUAUUGAAGAUGGGGCAUUCGAAGGAGUACCCGGAUAUCAUCAGAUUACACAUUUGUAA